AUGGGCAUCGGCGCCGUGGCAGAGCCCUUGGUGGUCAUCACCCUCUUGUUCGGCGGCACCUUUUUCAACCGCAAUACCGGCGGCAUCACCUACGACAACCUGGGCUGGAAGGGUGGCCCCGACAUGGACGAUGUAGAACACAAGCGGUCCGACGAGCGCAGUUCGGGCGUCUCGACCCCGGAAUCGGAAGAAUCCCUCCUUUCGGUGGGCGCCUGGAGCCCGUCCUCGACCCUGGCACCGCACGAGGAGCCCCCGCUGCGUACGCGCAGGAUCAAGUUCUUUGGCUACCAGCGCCUCGUCACGACGCCCAACACGAGGGUCUUUAAGGACAGGCUCCUCAGUCGGGUGCUCCGCAAGUUCCCGUUCCUGGUGGAGGCGUGGUACUGGGCUCUUCUUUACUGGGUAUACCAAAUCGGCCGCGCCUUCACCGCGCUCACCCUCAACGAGGGGACGGUCGACGUCGCGCGCCGGCACGCGCUCCAGCUCAUCCACCUCGAGCAGCGGCUGCACGUCUUCAUCGAGGUGCCGGUGCAGCAGUACUUCCUGCAGAUGCCGACGGUGAUGCACUGGAUCAACCGCAUCUACUCCUUCAUCCACAUCCCCGGCACCAUCUUCUUCCUCGUCAUCCUCUACUUCAUCACGACGACCCGCAAGCGCCGCGCCCUCGCCGCCCGCCUCGCCGGCAACGAGGCCGUCCGCUGGAACGCCGCCGGCCCCGCCCUCUACGAGGCCCGCCGCCGCACCAUGGCCACCUGCAACCUCCUCGCCUUCGUCGUCUUCACCCUCUGGCCCUGCAUGCCGCCCCGCCUGCUGAGCGACCCGACUUACAACGGGCCCGACGCCGGCGAGGCCAAGAGCUUCGGCUUCGUCGACACGGUGCACAGCGGCUCCGGCGAGAGCAGCGUCUGGACGACGAACAAGUUCUGCAACCAGUAUGCCGCCAUGCCCUCUCUGCACUUUGGAUACUCCCUCCUCAUCGGCCUCACCGUCGCGACCCUGCCGAUGCCCUCGCUCCGCUCCCGCCCGUGGAGGCGCUUCGCCGUCGUCGCCCUCGGCAUGGCCUACCCGGCCCUGAUCCUGACCGCCAUCGUCGCGACCGCCAACCACUUCGUCCUCGACGCCGUCGCCGGCGCCAUCGUCUGCGGCAUCGCGUGGCACUGCAACGGCGUCCUGCUGAACCUGCUCGUCGUCGAGGACUACUUCCUCCGCGUGCUCCGCAUCCACAAGCCCGUGAACUGGACCGACCCCGAGGUCGCCGCCGUCGAGCGGGAGUGGAAGCCCAGCGUGGCGUUGAGCGAUGACGUCUAG